GCGGAUAUUAUCCUAAACUUUUUUCCAAAUGCAUCCUGCCCUACUCAUCCUCAGUGACCCAACCGGAGCACAUGUCAUGUGACCGGCCGAUCACAAAACCAGGACCGGCGUAUAAAGCGGUUUGGCUCGGCGUGUUGUGCAGUUGAAUCGAUUGCUCGUGCGAGAGAGGUGGCGGACGCCUAUAGGUGUGGCUAUAAGUAACCCGGCAUCACAGGACAGACUGAUGAUCAUGUCACUGGACCAGGUCGUGGGCAGCUGGGAAUACGAUACCAGUGAGAAUGUCGAGGAAUAUAUGGACGAUUUGGGUCUCAGUGAUGAGAUGAAGGAAAAGGCCCGCCAAUCACAACCAAGGUAUGAAAUAGAACACGAUGGCACCACGUGGACAUUCCGAGCGAUCAUGGGAGAUUUCAAACGCGAGACCAAAUUUAAACUUGGUGAAGCAUUCCAAACAUCAACAAUAGAUGGACGAGAAGUAACGAGUACUGUUCGACAAGAUGGUAAUAAACUAGUGGAAGAACAAGCCCACCCGGCGUUCAAUUCAACCAUUACUAGAUGGGUAGAGGGAGAUAACUUAAUGAUGACAAUCACUGCAAAGAGCGUUAUGUGUAAAGUCAAGUACAGGAAGACUGACUAAACAACAGGAUAUCAUCAUCUUUCACCGAUAGGUGGCGCCUGUGUCAUCCAGUAUUCAAACUGAUUGACAACAUGCGAUUUGGUGAAUGGACAUGUACGAGUGGCGUCUAAGCCGUCACGUAGAGUCAAAUACGUGUGCGGCCAGUUUGGCCGUAGUGGAACAUAACUUCAUCUCUGUGAUUGUUUUUGCUGGUUAUAUCAUGACGUUCUGCACAUGCGCAAUCCAAUGCUAUAUAUACUAAGGUCGUUUAUAAACAGAAAAGUUGUUUUGAAAAGUUGGUUUCUCCGGCGAUACAUGAUCCCCUCCCCCAUAUGUCCCCAUGCCUUGUUCCAAGUUGUGACGCCAGAAUAGUUAGCUGAGCUUUGUCUCCAUAAGGACGGCACAGGUUGGCUGAAUGUGCGGCAUACACCGCCUGGUGGAGACCACUCGAUACCUUCUCUAAAACAGGUUUGGAGCUGAGAACAAGAAUUCACCGGAAUUUACCGUUUAAGUGUCAUAAACUGAGAAUGUGAAUCAGAAAUUUCGUUGUUCAUCGAUGUAAAUGGUGAAGAGGCAUGUUCAAUCAUGGUUCCUCACGUUUUAGCUGCGUUUUUACUUACUAUAGUUGUCCGUGCAAGGAUCUAGUUAGAUAUCUACUAUAUAGCGUUGGCAGAACCCUUCAAGAAAGUUUUAAUCUACAACGUGUGGAGAAAGGGAAUAUAGGGAACUCCCAGUGGAGGUCACCAGAAUCGUGAAUUGUUUGGUUAGCCUGGCACUGUUGUGGCUGAAGCCACGCCUGUACCACCAGCAUGUACGUGCCAUGGCCAGACGGCGCUCGGCUCGUAUUCAAAGCAGGUGAAUCCUUUAGUUGGGUCGGACCAGGCCGGUCUAGCGAAUCGCAAUCGGGAAUUUCGAACUAGUAAAAAAGUUUCAAAAUUUGCUUGUGAAGUCACCCGGUUGGGUCGACAAUACCACAGGUGUAUGAAGAUCAAAACAACAGCCCAGCUGACAACACUUAUCAAAGAAUAGAUGAAAGACUAUAUUUUGAUGCGUGAUGUUAGUUGGGCUGGCGCCUGUAUUCAGUAAACCUGUGACUCCACCAGCGCCAUCUAAUCGUAUUGCUUCUUGAAUGUCAUUGUGGACGGCGCGUUCUUGUUCCAGGUUGAGAUUGGCCCAACCCAUCAAAUUGUCACCGAUUUUAGUGAGUACUAGUCUACGAAUCGUAUCCAUUCUGUCAUAGGUUAUUCGAUCUCAUCCACCCUAUAAGCCGUAUUUCAUUAGUUCACUCAACGUUUUGGUUUGUUGGUCGACAUAAACUCCGACAAAUACAUCUGACAAGCGUUCUUUCCUUAUGAAUAUCAAUGUACGUAUGUAAUAUUUGCAACGAAUUAAAUGUGGUGCAUGAAUGUUCA